AGCUUUACUACGGCUCCGAUGAGCGAUGCGGGCCCGGCGGGGGCUUGCGCUGCUGCUCCUAGCUGCGCAUGUUGCCGCUCAGAGCCUGCCCUCCGUGGUGGAUGUGCUGAACGCGCUGCCGGUGCUGACCACCUUCCGGGACUCCCUGCGGGAGACGGAGCUCCUUCAAGCCUUGGAAGGUGCGGGGCCCUUCACAGUCUUCGCGCCCAGCAACACGGCCAUCGACCUCUUGGGCCCCGGCGUCCUGGAGACGCUGCGCUACGGCCAGAACUCCCAGUACUUCCUGGAGCUGCUGCAGUACCAUGUGGUGUACGCCAACGUCGGUAGCAGUGACAUGUCGCCGGGCCUCACGCUCAUGACUUGGAGCUCGAAGACGCUGGAGAUCACGGACGUGGCCCCCAGCAUCCGCCUCAACGGGGUAGCGCCGGUGACGCAGGCAGACGUGGCGUGCUCCAACGGCAUGGUACACGUGCUGUCGCGGGUGGCGCGGCCCCCGGCCUUCAGCUUCCCGCCGCCCCUGAAGAACAUCCUGGAGCUCACCCAGUCCUCCUCGUACCUCACGAACUUCGGCACCGGCUUGGAGCUCAGCGGCCUGGCGGAGGAGUUCUCGGACCCCCGCACGGAGCGGGCCCUCACGGUGCUGCUGCCCACAGACGCCGCCUUCGCGAAUCUGGGCCUGGGCAUCGCCAGCUCCCUGCAGCUGCCGGCGAACUUGGAUCAUUUGCUGCGGCUCCUGAAGUAUCACGCGGUGCGUGGAGUGCAUGCAAGCGCUGACCUCGCCCCCGGGGAGAAGUUGCAGACGCUGGAGGGCAGCGACGUGACCAUCACCUCGGUGACCCCCGGCAUGCUGGUGAACGAGGCCACUGUGAUCAGUCGCGACGUGCCGGCCACCAACGGCAUGGUUCAGCUCAUGGACCAAGUUCUUCUGCCAACCACCUGGUCCUACCCCGACAAGACCAUCACGCAGAUCGUGCAGACCAGCCCCAACCUCUCCAUCCUCCAGACCGCCUUGCGGCUCACAGACAUGGAGUGGAUCUUCGCCAGCGCCACGAAGCAGACGCUGCUGGCGCCCACGGACGAGGCCUUCCGGGCGCUGGGCCCGGGGGUCGCCAGCAGCCUGCUGCUCAUGUCGAACUUGGAGGAUUUGGUGGCACUCCUGCGGCUCCACAUGAUCGAGUCCGUGCACAAGAGUGACGAGAUGGUGCUACGCAGCAGCAUCGUGACCAAGCAAGGGGAGGCGGUGGUCAUCGAUGCCCUGAGCCCCUUGAGCAUCAACGGCGCCAGGUCUGCGGUGCAGGACGUGCCGGCGACCAACGGCAUUCUGCACAUCAUGGACUCCGUGGUGAUGCCUAAGCUCUGGCGCUUCCCGGAGCGGAACCUCAUGCAGUUCGCCAACAAGGAGAGCGAGCUGUCGGACUUCGUGGGACUGGUGAUGGCCGCCGGUCUGCUGGAGGAGUUCCAGGGCACCGGGCCCUUCACGGCCCUGAUCCCCAACAACUACGCCUUCUACGAGCUCGGAGCGCUGCUGGACGACCUGCGGGCGCCAAGCAGUGCCCAGAACCUCAAGGAGGUGUUGCGGUAUCACAUCGUGAAGGGCAAGCACUUGAGCAUGGACCUCACCAGCCCCCAGGACCUGGUCACCCUGCAGGGCGCGUCGGUCCAGGCGGUGCCCUGGACGAAUCUGGGCUGGAACGGCAUCGCCUACGACUCCGCCUCCCCGCCAGUGGUGAUCAACUCCAUAGCACAAGUCACGAAGCCGGACGUGUCCGCUACCAACGGCAUCGUCCAUGUCAUCGAUAGAGUGCUAUUCCCACCUGGCCUGGACCAAGUCUACACCACCACCCAAGCGAAGAUUCCCAUCAUCUCCAGCGGCGCGACGCGAUCGGCGCUGACCUUGGGGCUGAUGGGAUUGACGGCGCUUUAGGAGGAUUCGCGGGUUCUCCAGAUGGGCCGCGGGUCCCGAUGGCGUCCUUAUGUUCGCUUUGUUUUUUGGGAA